GGAUGUGAAUUUGGUGGGUUUGGGUGAGAGAUUGGGAUUUUGGAUUUUGGACAAGUAGGAGAAGAGGGGAAAUAAAACGGAUUUGGGUGAAAUUGGGUAUUAAGUUGUUUAUUUUGGAGAUAUUUUGGGGGUGUGUGAAAUGGAGACAUUUUGUUACUUGUUUUGAAGAUAUGAGAGGGGUCUAUGAGAAAGUUAUUAUGGUUAUUACUUAGCUUAGGCAUCGGCUAGAAGUGGCUCUAAAUUAGCAAGGACUUAUCAAAGGGGGUUUAUUGAUUUGUCAAUAUUUUAGUUUUUGAAACUAGUUCUAGGAAAUGUGAGUGAAUGGAGUAGAAUAUAGGAAAUAUGAAAUUUUGGUUAAAUUUGGGUAUACUGAUUGAGGUAGGGAAAAAUAAGUCUUUUGUCUACCUUUAGAGAGAACAUUGAAUAAUAUAGUCAGGCUUGGUUUAGCCUGAUUCGAUGGAUCAUCUAUCUCGUUAGUAUGGCAAAACGAAACAUUUUUUUUUGGUCUAGAAGGUUGGAAUAGCUUCAAUUGAAUCUCAACGUUUACUACACUUGAAAAUUUUGGAUCUCUGGAUUAUGCUUGACACUGUAACGUAUUAUCAUGUUUGUGGUGGGAUUAUUUCAUAACAUAUUGGUAGGCAUAUCCCCACUGAAGCAAAACAGCCUCUUGAGACCAUACUUGUACUUCCAAGGGCAAGAUAAGCUG